UCAUCAUAGCAGCGUAUUGCACGUUGACACCGCCCUCAUAAGACAUGUGGUAGACAACUUUUGUUAUGAACUAGGUAUGCUUGUCGUUCAUCCCGCAAGUUGUUGUGACGUCUGCCUCGAUCCCUACUCUAUCUCUUCAGAACCCGCUAAUUCUCCACAUGCCAUCGCUUGUGGUCAUAUCUUCUGUCUCACGUGCCUUCGCUCUUUAUCACCAAGUGCAUGUCCACUCUGCCGCAAAGCUUUCCAGCCAGAUCGUGUCAAGAAACUUCACCUUGCGAAUCCACCCGAACUAGACAACGCUGAACAGGAUGCUAUCGAUGCUCAUGCCAGUCUCCUCCUCCAGCGCAUAGCUCUAGUCUCAGGUGAAGACACACCCGAGGCAGAUGUUGUUGAAGUAGUCACCGAAGUGCAGGAAUGGCUGCAGUUUCAACCGGAUGACCCCAAUUCUCAUAUGGCCCUUCGAGCUGCUGUGGCUUCCCUCCAGCGAUACAAAGCACUUCAAGAUCAGAGCGAGCGUGAAAAAUUAGAAUAUCGUCGCCUCCGAAGCCAACUUCGGAACAACAAACGAAAUGCAGACCACGACUCUAAAACAUCUCGCGCAGUGGAAGAAAGUCUGCUUUCUAGGAUUCAAGAAAUAGAGAAUGACCAUGCUUUAGAGCUGUCUCAAUUACAUUCUGAGCUGGAAAACCUUAGAAAUCCUCAAUCCCGAUACCGCAACAACGGUAAUCCCCUUCCCCCGCCUCCAGAGCCCUUGCCUAUCGAUCGAUUCCCGACCUUUGCAAGGCCCGGCGGAGGUCUUGAUUCUCUCCUAGGCGGCGCUGUUCCAUACCCUGCACCACCUCCGCGAGACAACACCACCCACGUUAAUGGCGAUGCCCACGCAUCAGGAUCUAAGGGAACAACCUCAAUUCACAAGCCAGUUUCUCAUCCCCCCAAACCCCAACCUGUACCAAAUACCAGACCUCCCGAGGCUCCUCGGGUAGAAGAGCACUGGACAGACAACACGCGACGGCCCCAUGCAUCAUCCAUACAUAGCCGCGCACCUGAGCCUCAGCCGAAAAUAAACAUCACGACCCGGGGAGCACACAUCCCUCCCAACGCUAUCCGCAUCAACCCAUCUCCCACCUGGGCAGCGCGUCCCCUCGUCGUUGAGGAUCGGCGAUCUGACGACGAGAGAGAGCUAAGGCGCAAAGAGAGGAACAGUAUUAGCGUCAGCGUGGACGUGGCGAAUGAUGUGUCUACGCGGCUAGCCUCCGCCGCAGCUUACAUCUCAGGCUAUGGCUCGGGGUAUGAAUCAGGCUACCAGCUAAUCAGCGCUCCGUAUGUUUCGUCGACCGGUGGCAACGAAAGGGCUUUUCCGCUGCUAGAGACGCAAUCACCGGAGCAAGUUACGGAUGCUUUGGGCUUGAUGGGCUCGUCGGGAGAAGAUCAUAUGACGCCUGUACCUCGAGCGCGGCCUGUUCCGAGACGGGCUGUGACCGAAGCGGCUCAAGUGGAUAAUGUUUCUAGAAGUCUUUCAGAUGUGUCUUUGCUCGGUACGCCAGCGCCUGAGAAUGGUAUGCGACGUCGAGCGACGGUGCAGAACGUUGGUCAGGCGAUCCGAGUGGAUAAUAUUUCCAGAGGUCUUUCGGAUGUGCCUUUGCUUGGUACGCCACCGCCUGAUAAUGGUGUGGGACGUCGAGCGGCGGUGCAGACUGUUGGCCAGAUGCUUGGUUUAGAUAUUGGGCUAUCGCUGUCGAAUGGGAAUGCGGUAGCAGGAUCGUUGCGUUUGGAUGAUAGCGCAGCUGGAUUCGCGCGUCUAAACGAUGGCGCACCGUCCCGUCCUGUUGACGCCCAAAUCCGCAUGCCCAGACCCCGAGCACUCAUCCCUCCCCUAGAUCCCUCACCAGACGCAGAAAGCCCAAGAAGCGCCACCACAUGGGGAACCUUGUCUACCUCACGAGCAGGCAGCAUGGAUCACCUCGGCCUCCUAGGGCUGCACAACGGUGGCGUACGUGGGCAGGGGAGCGUCGCCGGCGAGUCCAUAAUAGGACGACUAGAGUCCGACGAGGAUACUACAGAUGAUGACGGGGAAGAUAUCAGCGUGACACCUGUCAUACCCAUGCCUACUGCUGGACCAGAUGCAUUGGGUCUUAUUCUUGAAGAUGGAGGGGAAGCGGAUUAUAUAGCGCGAGAUGAGGAGUGGAGGUAUCGUGCGCAGUCUUCGUAUGCUGCGAGUCGUACUUCGUAUCCUUCGAAUCGCACUUCGUUUCCACCUAGUCACACAUCACAUCCACCAAAUCAUAACAACAACUCGCGCCCAUCAAAUCGCACCUCUCAUUCCCAAUCCUCACGCACCCAGCGCGCUCAAUAUGGUCGACACACAUCACAACCGAGGGGAUACGAAGAAGGGACGACGACGCGCGUUCCCAGUGGCAGUACUUCAUAUACGAACACCAACGCGUUAUCGCUCCAUUUUGAUGCUUCGCUUGCGAUGCACGAUCAUGCCAUACGUCCUUUCACAGGCGCUGGGAGUGGUUCUUUUACAAGUGCCGGGCAUGGUCCGUCUACAAACACCGGACAUGGUUCUUUCACAAGUGGGGGGCAUGGUCCUUUUUCAAAUACCGGGAACGUCGACGGCCCACAGAUCGUUGCUCCUACCCCAAUCGUUGGCGGGCCUAAUAUCGCGCAUAUGUGGGCUAAUCGUACAUGACUGGGUGCUUCUGAUCGUUCUUUUUUAUCUGGAAUCUGGAAUAUCAGGGAUUAUCCUUCUUUUCCCCGUUGGUUUUUUGUCGCUGAGUUUACUUACCAUAAACAUAACAUAGACCCUUGUUUGCUACCUGUCAUAUCUGUUCGUUGUUGUGCUAUCUAUCUCCUUUGCUUGGAUUGUUGUAUUAUUAACUGUUUCUCUCAUUCAGCGCUGUACGUCGUGAUUUGUCCUAACUGUAACAGUCUGUCGAUCUUGAUCCUUUUCAUUGCCGUCAAUUUCAUCAGAUGAGCGGGUUGAAUUCGGCUUUGAUGAGAUCGGUGCUAUGAUACUGGGGUUUUGAGAUUAUCGCAUGAGAUGUGAUGAGCUGCCUUACAAUCAGCGGCGAUGGGUCAAGCGAUGGUCACUUAAUCUUAACUAGUGGGCAC